GGCUGAGCUGGUCGCACAUGGAUGACGACACAAUUUUUGACAUUGCUCGUGCGGAGCAUUUAUAAAAGAUAAGGCCAUGGCUCUCUUUCACGCAUCAAGAUCCCUCGUGGGGUUUUUGAUUGAGACGUCAACAAACAUCCAGCAGAGAACAUUUAGAGUAUCAUCGGCUGCUGCUGCUAUUCAGAAAAUGACAAGAGUUCGUGUUGUGGAUAACAGCUCUUUGGGAAAUACUCCUUAUCACAAAGCGCCAAGAGUGAUUCACGUCUACACAAAGAAUGGCAUUGGAAAAGUUGGAGAUAAAGUUUUACUUGCUAUCAAAGGACAGAAAAAGAAGGCUGUAAUUGUUGGACACAAAAUGCCAGGGGAUCGCAUGACCCCACGAUUUGAUUCAAACAAUGUGGUGUUAAUUGAAGAAAAUGGAAAUCCUACUGGAACAAGAAUCAGAGUCCCCAUUCCUACACAACUGCGCAGUAUGGAUGGUGACUUCUCUAAAGUAUUAGCAAUUGCAGGUGCAUUUGUAUAACACCAUUUGAAGAAUUUAUUAAAACAUUAUGUAAAUUGAAGAUUACCUUUUCUGUAGAUAUACCGUUUUCUUGUGUUUUGAGACAUUUGUCCUUACAAUAAAUACAGAUUUGACAUAUAAACAUGUUUCUAUACAUAAAGGUCAAGCUGAUACUGUUACAAAGACAGUGAACCUUCCAAAUGGAGCAAAUAUUUAUUUAAGGCACAACAUACAUUCACAACACAAACACAUAACUGGCACAAUUUAAAAGCGGUGUUUUAACUGAUGUGAGUGUAAGGCAUUGAUUACCAUGUGUUCCCUGUCAGUUUCACCUGAUUUUGAUUGAGUGACAUAAUACAGCAUUUCUUAGUAGUCUGGCGCAAAUCUGCUAAAGCUUUAUUAUUAAAAAAAUACAAUCUAAGUGAAAAAGAAAAACUAAUGUUACAAAAACUGUGCAAAACCUUCAUGUAUAUGCUGCCAUCAUGUGGUGAAAUAUUAAAACUACAAUUGUAACUUCCACAGUGAAUUAUCAAGUUUUUAGGUAUUUCACGAACAUCAGUAAUGAGAGGAGCCUAAGACGUCACUUUCAGAACCAUUGUAACAUUCAUGUACUUUCUUCGUUUUUUAAUAUGUCCUUCAAAUAAGCCCAAUCCGAAUCCUUCACAUAAAACAGACUAAUGUAUUAGUAACUAACAUUACAAAGCAUAUUGUUGCUUUUAGCCAUGCUUUUCUUCAUGCUGUGACUGUGGCACAGUGCCUGCUUCAUAUAGUAGGUUUGCAUAGUUUUUAUGUUUUUUCAGAUACAAGGCAAGCUGAAAUAAUCUGCUGAAGAUAGCAUUUGGGAUAGCAUUUCAUAGGCUUGUCACAAUAGGUACUAUAUAAUUACUUAUUCAAUAAAUAGAGUUAAAGUGACAGUGUUUUUAUUUUUUUAAA